GCAUGCGCCCCCGGUUGCCAUAACGGCAAGGCCUAGCGGCGAUGGCGCGGCGUGGAGUGUGCGUGAAGCCGGAACGUAGCCAGAUAUCGUCAGAGCUGAAGCGAUUGGUGGACAACACACACCUGGUGUCCCCUUCAAUCUCGUUGAUCUUGUCGUGUGGGGAGAUGGUGCACAUGAGCAAGGAGAAGAAACUGAAUGAGAUUGUGGUGGUGAACAUGUCGGCAUGUUACCUGAUCAACAUGGGCUACUUGACCAACUGCUCCGCUCUGCGUGUCUGCAUUCUGCCCAGGAAUUACAUCUCCAAGAUGGAUGCUCUCUCAAACUGUCCCAAUCUAAUCAAGCUGGAUCUCCAUAGCAACCAUAUUACCGAGAUCCCAGAUGAGUUCUUCUGGAGGGAGAUGAAGUGUCUGCAGGUGCUGUAUCUCCACAACAACAUCAUUGGUGACACGUGCAGCGUCGAGGCGCUGAGCAGCUGCCCACAGCUCACCGUGCUGACCCUGUACGACACCCCCAUCAGCCUGGUGCCAAAGUAUCGCCACUUUGUCGUCAACAGCAUCUGGAGCCUGAAAGCGCUGGACAACUUUGUCAUUGCCGACGAGGAACUGAUGGAGGACGAGCUGGACAACAGCCAGUACCGUGCUCACAGUCACCAGUUCCUCAUUUACCCUCCAAUACCUCCACAGAUCUCCACCUGGCGCAGUGAGCUGGACAACGUCCAAAAGCUGGUGGGCAUCGUCAACAACAUCCUUGCCCAUCACUCCCCUGUACACAUCAUUCAGCGCUGGGUCCGUGGCCAUCUCACCAGGAAGAAGCUGGGACAGUGUCGUCUGAAGCCUCGGUUGUCAACAGAGCCACACGUGUCAGACGCUGACGUGCUGUGCCACAGGGGGAUCCACAUGUUGGAGGAUGGCAGGGUGUGGGUAGAGGAGGCCAGUACCAACUCAGACGGAGAGUGCAACGCCCUCCAGUUACAGAUUGACCUCAACAAACUGCAGACCGCAGUGCUGGAGGAUCGGUACGAAGCCAGCGAGCUCACGUCCGGGAUUUACCCCCAAGUAUCCAAGUGGAAUCGCUGGGAAUCCCCCAACCUGCGGCCCCAGCGGGACGACAUCUUCAGGCCCAGGGACUUCCGCCGGCCCAUCUUCCAUCCGAGUCCAGGGUAA